AACAGGAAUCAGUUACCCCGCCAGUAUGGAGCACUUCAAAUCUUCACUCACUCAUACCGUCAAGAACCGAGACGAGCCAACUCCGGAUCAAUGCCCUGCGUUGAAGGAAAGCGAAGCGGACAUCGACACCGUGGCGAUAUACCCGACUUUUGAUUUUCAGCCGAGCUGGUUGCGUACAAAGGAAUUCUGGGACAAGUCCUUCGAGGAUCGGUAUGAAAGAAUUCAUAACGAUACUACACGGCCUAGGUUGAAGGUAAUCGUGGUUCCUCACUCGCACAACGACCCGGGAUGGCUGAAGACGUUUGAACAGUACUUCGAGUGGAAGACCAAGAACAUUAUCAACAACAUUGUGAACAAACUGCACCAGUACCCGAACAUGACCUUCAUUUGGACCGAGAUAUCAUUUCUGAACGCCUGGUGGGAAAGGUCGCACCCUGUCAAACAAAAGGCAUUGAAAAAACUUAUCAAAGAAGGUCGUCUUGAGAUCACGACGGGUGGCUGGGUGAUGCCUGAUGAAGCGUGCACACAUAUCUAUGCGCUAAUUGACCAGUUUAUCGAAGGCCAUCACUGGGUGAAAACUAAUCUCGGCAUCAUCCCGAAGACAGGGUGGUCUAUUGACCCCUUCGGUCACGGGGCCACUGUACCUUACCUGCUAGACCAGAGCGGCCUUGAAGGAACCAUUAUACAGAGAAUCCAUUACGCGUGGAAACAGUGGCUGGCCGAGCGACAGAUUGAAGAGUUUUAUUGGUUGGCGAGUUGGGCUACUACGAAGCCGUCCAUGAUUGUCCACAAUCAACCGUUUGAUAUUUAUUCAAUAAAGAGCACGUGUGGUCCCCACCCUUCAAUUUGUCUCAGUUUCGACUUCAGGAAAAUUCCCGGAGAAUAUUCUGAAUACACAGCUAAACAUGAAGACAUUACGGAACACAACUUACACAGCAAGGCGAAGACUUUGAUAGAGGAGUACGACCGUAUCGGGUCUCUGACGCCGCACAACGUGGUGCUGGUGCCGCUUGGCGACGACUUCAGAUACGAGUACAGCGUCGAGUUUGAUGCCCAGUACGUUAAUUAUAUGAAGAUGUUUAACUACAUCAAUGCUCAUAAGGAAAUCUUCAACGCUGACGUACAAUUCGGAACUCCACUCGAUUACUUUAACGCCAUGAAGGAGAGACAUCAAAAUAUACCCAGCUUGAAAGGAGACUUCUUCGUAUACUCUGAUAUAUUCAGCGAAGGUAAACCGGCUUACUGGUCAGGUUACUACACUACUAGACCCUACCAGAAAAUUCUCGCUCGUCAGUUCGAACAUCAACUACGAUCGGCAGAAAUUUUGUUUACCCUCGUAUCGAACUUCAUCAAACAGAUGGGUCGACAAGGAUUCGGAGCUUCUGAGAAAAAGUUGGAAAAAUCUUAUGAGCAGCUUAUCUAUGCGCGACGGAACUUGGGCCUGUUUCAACAUCACGAUGCGAUUACAGGAACGUCAAAGUCCAGUGUAAUGCAAGAUUACGGAACCAAGCUUUUCACAAGUCUGUAUCACUGCAUCCGCCUGCAGGAGGCCGCGCUCACUACCAUCAUGAUUCCUGAUCAGUCGCUGCACUCGCAGAGCAUUAUACAAAGUGAGGUUGAGUGGGAAACUUACGGGAAACCACCUAAGAAGCUGCAAGUGUCUUUCAUUGACAAGAAGAAAGUUAUACUUUUUAAUCCCUUGGCUGAGACUCGCACUGAAGUGAUCACUGUUAGGUCUAACACGUCCAACAUCCGGGUAUACGACACUCACAAGAGGAAGCACGUCUUGUAUCAGAUAAUGCCCAGCAUCACUAUCCAAGACAACGGAAAGAGUAUCGUGAGCGACACCAUCUUCGACGUAAUGUUCGUGGCGACUAUCCCGCCCCUCACCUCCAUCUCGUACAAGUUGCAGGAGCACACGAACACUUCCCACCACUGCUCUAUUUUCUGCAAUAACUGUGAACAAUACCAGAAAUCCAAUGUGUUCCAAAUUAAGAAGAUGAUGCCCGGUGACAUACAAUUGGAAAAUGCGGCGCUAAAACUUCUCGUCAAUAGGAACACCGGCUUUCUGAGGCAGGUCUAUAGAAAGGACAUCCGGAAGAGAACUGUUGUUGAUGUACAAUUCGGCGCAUACCAAAGUGCCCAAAGACAUUCUGGUGCUUAUCUCUUCAUGCCUGAUUACGACUCACCUGAGAAAAAUGUUCUGCAUCCUUACACUAAUCAAAACAACAUGCAAGAUGAUAACAUAAUCAUAGUGUCUGGGCCGAUUUCCACGGAAAUUACGACCAUGUACUUGCCCUUCUUGGUACACACUAUUAGGAUAUACAACAUACCGGACCCGGUACUGUCGCGUGCUAUUCUCUUAGAGACCGAUGUAGAUUUCGAGGCGCCACCCAAGAACAGAGAGACUGAGUUAUUUAUGAGAUUACAGACUGAUAUACAAAACGGUGACAUUCCCGAAUUUUACACCGAUCAGAAUGGGUUCCAGUACCAAAAGAGAGUCAAAGUGAAUAAACUAGGAAUAGAAGCUAAUUACUACCCGAUUACUACCAUGGCGUGGCUGCAAGACGAAGAGACCCGGCUCACUCUGCUCACGAACCACGCUCAAGGCGCAGCCGCAUACGAACCAGGACGCUUAGAAGUCAUGCUCGAUCGUCGAACGCUCUAUGAUGAUUUCAGAGGUAUCGGUGAAGGAGUAGUCGAUAAUAAACCGACGACUUUCCAGAACUGGAUUUUAAUCGAAUCCAUGCCAGGCGUAACGCGAGCUAAGAGAGACACUAGCGAACCAGGUUUCAAAUUUGUUAAUGAGCGUCGCUUUGGCCCCGGCCAAAAGGAAAGCCCUUACCAAGUACCGUCGCAGACUGCGGACUACCUGAGCAGGACGUUCAAUUACCCGGUCAACGUGUACCUGGUGGACACUAGCGAGGUCGGUGAAAUCGAGGUGAAGCCGUACCAGUCAUUCCUACAGAGCUUCCCGCCCGGCAUCCACCUUGUCACCCUGCGCACUAUCACCGACGACGUGCUCGAACUAUUCCCCAGCAACGAGAGCUACAUGGUACUGCACAGACCAGGAUACAGCUGCGCCGUCGGAGAGAAGCCAGUCGCCAAGUCUCCCAAGUUUUCGUCCAAAACCAGGUUCAAUGGUCUGAACAUUCAGAACAUUACUGCAGUCAGCCUGACCGGCCUGAAGUCACUCCGACCCCUCACUGGUCUGAGUGACAUCCACCUGAAUGCUAUGGAAGUAAAAACUUACAAGAUCAGGUUCUAA